AUUAUGGUCUACUACAAAUAUUUCCUUCUUUGUUUACCGUGACAGCCUCAUGUCUGUACACGAAUCACAAGUCUAGUAAUGGAAACGCUUGAAUAAUAUAGUAAAAUUUUCAGGGAACAACAUACUAUAUGACGGUUUUUAUUAUGGAAUAAACUAAAAUAUUAUACCCGUCCAGUAUAUCGCUAUUGGAUGUGAUAUUUGGUGAACGUGCGAUAAUAACUCGCCAAACCACAUGACAAUCGAUCCUAAACAUGGCGGCACAAUACAUUGUGGCAGACGACAAUCUCCUACAGGAGGACGAGAAAAUAGACAAACUGAACAUGAAAGAGGCCAUAAUGAUGUGCAGGAAACAUAAAAUUGAGUUCUCCCAGAUAAAACAGCUGCAUAAGUUAAGACAGGAAAUAAAACUUCACCGGUUGAGUAAAGGGAGUUCAAGAGAGCAAUUCGAAGACUUCUUCCAAGAGCAUACUAAUGAUGAACAGCCCAGAAAAGAUGCAAUGUGCGACGUGUUCGAACAAACGAUAGAGUAUACAAGAGUGAUCCAAAGCGCCGAAGAAACAGCUGUCGAAGAACUGGUGAAAGCUUUCCCUAAUAUCAUAGCUCAGUUGGAAAGUGAAUGCAUGAAAGUGAAACACCAGGUCGCCCCGAUUCUAGUUCUAGGUGAAACUGGCUCCGGCAAGUCCACAUUCAUCAAUCUACUUCUUGGAGCAGAAAUUUUGCCGAGUUCACUUUUAAGCAACACGCACGUCAUCUGCAAAAUCAGGUACAGCGACAACCAGACCUAUAAAGCAAUAUGUUACCCUGUUGAUGACCGGGAACCAGAUAUCGAGAUUACCGACAACGAGAGUAGGUUUAAAGCGAAAAUUGCAGAAAUGGUCCAAGCAAUCAAAGACGGCACACCAGUCUACAAACGAGCAGAAAUAUACCUACCUUACAACAUUCUUAAGGGCGGUCUCACAAUAGUGGACAGUCCUGGUGUAGGUGAAACGGCGGAGAUGGAAAAUUUAGUUCUAGACUAUGUUGUCAACGCUGCAGCAUUCAUCUACGUUAUCGAUAUAACAAACGCCGGUGGUGUUCAGGAAAGAGUUGAGCGACUUUUGCAGAAUGUUUGCAGAAGAGCACUGACUGACGAAACGCUGAUGCGCCCAGAAAUAGCAAUAUUUAUCUGCAAUAAAUGGGAUGAGGUUGAGCUUGACGAUCGAGAAGAUGUACUGCAAGACACACGGAAAAAGAUAAAGAAACUGUGGCCAGGGUGCGAAGAUGAUCAGAUCAUACCAUUUUCAACAGUGGAAGCCCAGUAUAUCCAAAGCCAAAAAGGAGUAGCGCCAAAGUUUUCACUCCUUCUUGGCAAACUGAAGCGACUGAUGCCUGAAGCACAGGAUAUGGUGAUAUUAAAAGGAUGCAGUGUAUUGAAGACGUAUUUGGACCGAAGUAGAACCAUUUUUGAAACAAGGCUGAAGUACAUCAAAUUGGACGGCGACAAGAAGCUUGAAAUGAGAACAAAAACAAAAGGACGGUUGCGCGAGAUUCAAAAUAAAGUCGAGGCGUUUUUCCAAGACCAAAGAGCACUGUUAUCAGAUGACGUAAACAAAACGACCAAUAAUCUCAGAGAAUAUCUUUCAAAGGAAAAAACAAAGGCGUCAGUGUGCAGUUUCUCUGAAAGUGAGUUACCAACUGAGCCUGAAUGGGAAAAGGCAGCUAUACAAGUUCGUUUGAAAGUCUACGAGCGAAUAAGAUCACACAUUCGUAUUUGGGAGUCAGAACAUUUGGACAAAACAAUCACUGUAAGACUUCAGGAUGCCAUUCUAAAGGAGUUUCCGUCACUGGAAUCAGAGCUAACAAAUGUAGAAAAUGAGUUAGCUGGUCGACCAGAAGUAGACGCCAAAAAGGCACUAACUAUUACUGAGGAGGACACAAGCGUUAUUCCAAACUUCAUGCAGAACAUAGCUGGAAUGCCUGCGGCAAAGAAAAUACUUCUCGCUCCUCUUCUACCGCUUCUUUUGAUAGGGAUGGUAGGUCGACUACCGUAUGUUGGUUUUAAGCAGCUAGAACGGCUUAUAUCAGUGAACAUUAUGACCAAAGAAUUCCUUGCUGCAAAAGGUAGUACCGAAAAGAUGGUAGCUGUUUGCAAGAAGUAUGCAGAAAAAGUAUUUAACUCAAUAACUGAUCGAAUCAGUCUCAAAGAAGUGAUUAAAGAAGAUAUGCAAAUGCUUUUCGACCUUCUUGAUGGUCAAGAAAACAAAAUGAAAAGGCAAAUACGAUUGGACCUUGACCUUUUGCAAAAACUAAAGGCUGAAAUGAGACAGGAUGCUGAUAUCGAAAAGGUCUAUGAGCCAUUGAAUGCCAAAUUUAAGAUCCUGUCUUUUCAGCUAAAUCAUUUCAUGGUGAUGCAUUUCCCGACAUCGAUUCCAAACUUAACUGUUGCACAAGCGAAAAACAUUGAAAUAGGUGACACAGUCAUUUGCUCGGGCAUCAUGGCAGAAAUAAAAACUGCCCGAAGAUAUAGUUUGCCAUUUGCUAAUAGAUCAACGGAUGUCUGUAUUCGAAGGCAAAAACACAAGGUGGAGUUCGCAGAUGUGGACAGAUACAAGCAAAUAUUGAAGGCAUAUGGAGACACUGGCAAGGUUAACUUUCAGAAGUGCCUGUGCUUCUGGACAUCUGGUGGUUCGGAAGACAGAUUAUGUCAGGUCUUCGAACCGCUUCAGUGCAGCCUUAGAAUGUACCUUGACUUGAAGACCGGGGAUCCCGAUUUCAUGAACAAUAGAUACAAUAGCUACCUCAAGAUGAUGAGAAGUAUUGUUGUUGGCCUCGAGUAUAUGCACGAUGAAUCAAGAAAAUGGGUUCAUUUCGACUUGUCCCUGGACACUAUUGGGGUGGACAUGACUGGCGAAGUGAAGUUGACCAAUAUAUGCCUUGAAAGACCAGUUAGUAUCCCACUUCCAAAGAAGGGUAAAGUCAAAAUUGUUGACUAUGUUCAUUUGUCGCCAAGAUUAUUGAAAAUAGAGAUGCUAGGGGGAAGUGUGAACUUCAUUAAAAGUGUAAAAAUGAAUAACAGUAGAAUUGGCAGGGAUGGUUCAGGACACGACUGUGACGGCGUUUGCUACACAUCCCGAGACGACAUGUACAGUGUUGGAAUGGUCAUGUGGGAAAUGUGGACAGGUGAGAAGUUUGAAGCAAAGAAAGGCAUUAUUGCGAUAGACGAAAGUGUAUCGACAGAUGACGAAUGUUCAUCAGAACUCGAAGAAACAGUUGGCGAAACAAACCGACUGGAGGCCAUUCGUGGAGUCAUGCAAAGCAAAGGCAUUCGAGGAAGUUUAAUUGAAGUGCUUGAGAAUCUGAAACCCUGCAAAAAGUUAAUAACACACGAAGACAGCGAAGGGUGUGUUUCAAGGGCUUGGUGGGACACCAUGUGUACAUGCAUAAACUUAGAAAAAAACAUGACAGCCAGCCAAUGGCUUAAAAGUUUGUCUGAUUGUCAUGCGUUUCCGCUUGUCUCCAUUGUGCAUGGAAAGCAGGGUCAUGAAUGAGACACAAGAUGUGCUAGAAAGCUUUGGCGUUUGCCCAUUGCCACUAAACCGGGUUUAUGUUUAAACUUUUUUAUACUGAGCAUGUUUCUGUAGCUUUUUGCAUAAAUAUUAAACUGUUUUUUGAAAGUUAAGGUACAAUGAACUUGUGGUUUAUGAAACAAAAGAAGAAAGAUCAACGUCUAAGGAAUGCCUGUGCAUGCAGUGUUUGACAGAAACAGCUUAACUGUUAUUAAUCAUUUAUACACAUACUAACAUAAACAUUUCUUCCUCAUCAAUAUCCGCGCUAUGUGCAAUUUGAAAUGGGAUAAUGCAUAAUUAUGUUUAUAUAAGAAUUAUACUGUGAUUCGGAUCAAGACCAUAAUGGCAUCGGCUCGUAGUCAUCAAGAAUAUUCUUUUUCAAAAUACUGGCCCUUUUGUUACAGUUUAAAAAAGUGAACACUUUCAGCAGUUUAAUUACAUGUGCUAUAUAUGCAAGUAAAACCAGUAUUGUUUAACCAAGCAUAAUACAGUAUACUGUAUAGAACCUGGUUAACCAAUACUGAACUAGAUCAUUGAUGAGCUUGUCCAUGAACAAAUAGUUCUUAUUUAUAGCUUCAGUGUGGAGUGCUUC